AAAAAAAAACUGAAAAGGAUUGAACAGAAACUGUAGAAGCAGAAACAAAGACGACUUGAUUGGUAGACGCUGAAAGGAUGAACGGUCUUGUGCUGUCUCAGGGCUGUGAGCUUACCUUGCCUGGCUGCACAGAUGGAGGGCCGCUGUUCGGCAACAAGGCCCCCCAAGUGUGUGGGGUCAGAGUUGAGCUAGAGAUGCAGGCACUGUGGCGGCAGUUCGACCAGCUGGGCACAGAAAUGAUAGUUACCAAAUCCGGAAGGAGGAUGUUCCCGACAUUUCAGGUGAGAAUCUCCGGGAUGGAUCCGUCGGCCGAGUACGUUCUCCUCAUGGACUUCAUUCCUGUCGACGACAAGAGAUACAGAUAUGCCUUCCACAGCUCCUCCUGGUUGGUGGCAGGGCGAGCAGACGUCGCGGCCCCGAGCAGGAUGCAUUUCCACCCGGAUUCCCCGGCCCCCGGGGCCCAGUGGAUGAAGCAGACCGUGUCGUUCGACACUCUCAAGCUCACCAACAACCUGCUGGACGACAAUGGACAUAUGAUCCUGAACUCCAUGCACCGCUACCAGCCGCGCUUCCAUGUCGUGUACGUGGACCCGGCGCCAGACAGCCACUUAAACGCCUACAAGAACUUCUGCUCCUUCUCCUUCCCGGAGACACGGUUCAUGGCCGUCACCGCCUACCAGAACCACAGGAUUACUCAGCUGAAAAUUGCAAGCAACCCAUUCGCCAAAGGCUUCAGGACCUCCGACCCGCAGGCAUGGGAGGGCACUGCAAGAUCCCUUGAAGCAUCCUGUCCACCAGAUGGCAGCACAGAGCCCCUUUCCACCAAAUCUAGGGAACAGGGAACUUGCCCUUCAAAGUCUUCAAGCAGACAGAUAGGUUCAUCCUCUGCGCUGCUGCAGGAGUGUGAGCUGCCUCGCCAUAAGGAGGACUCUGUGGAACUGGGGAAAAGAGACGGGACCGGCCUGAUGACACAUGCACAUUUCCUCCAUAUCCCUGUGUACUGGGACUACGCCGGAUCAUCCCAUUAGGAAGUCGACCUGUCACAGAGCAAGCCAAUGAAAACCAGGCGGUCCAAUUAGACCCUUGAUGUCCUGCUUCUUCCCUUCUUAUAUUACUGGAUAUAGUAUGCUUAUGGUAGUUUAGGCUCCUGGUCUCCAUCACAGUUAAAUUAUUUAUCAGACCUUUAAAAAAAAUAAAAAAAUAUGUGAAUGAACGCUGCUUCAGGGGUUGCAUAAUGACGUACACUAUUAAUAAAACCUCUGAGGUUUCCC